AUGGUGGCAUUAAAGGAAGCAUUUUAUAGAUCUAAUGCCCCUAAUAUAACUUCUUUAUUAGCAACAAUAUUAGUAUUCUUAAUAGUAAUAUAUUUUCAAGGAUUUCGUGUAGAUUUAGCUGUUAAAUAUCAACGAGUAAGAGGACAACAAGGAAAUUAUCCUAUUAAAUUAUUCUAUACAAGUAAUAUACCUAUUAUAUUACAGACAGCAUUAGUAUCUAAUUUAUAUUUUGUUUCUCAAUUAUUAUAUAAAAGAUAUAAAAAUAAUGUAUUAGUUAAUAUAUUAGGACAAUGGCAAGAAAUAGAUGUAGGAGGAGGACAUUCAAUACCUGUAGGGGGUAUAGCAUAUUAUAUAUCCCCUCCUGGCUCUUUUUCUUCUAUACUUGAUGAUCCUAUUCAUAGUUUUAUUUAUAUUACUUUUGUUCUCGUCUCUUGUGCUCUUUUCUCCAAGACAUGGAUAGAUGUAUCAGGCAGCAGCAGCAGAGAUGUAGCUAAACAAUUAAGGGAUCAACAAAUGGUCAUGAAGGGAUACAGGGAUAGUUCCCUUGUACAGGUAUUGAAUAGAUAUAUACCAACAGCUGCUGCCUUUGGUGGUAUGUGUAUUGGUGCAUUAACUAUAAUAGCUGAUUUCUUAGGGGCAAUAGGUAGCGGCACAGGUAUACUAUUAGCAGUCACUAUUAUCUAUCAAUACUAUGAGAUGUUGGCCAAGGAAAAAGAACAAGGCAACGCAAUCUUCUAA